AUGAAGCAGCAGAAGAAGAAGAGCUGCAUUCUCUUUUUAAAAUGCAGUUUCUUCCAGGAAAGUGGGUGUGCAGACAGUGGCAGCUAUACGAGAGAUCCCUGUGUUCACUGCUGGAACUGGAAGCACGAAAACGAGCACGGAUGUCCUACAGGCUGCCUCGCUGUGUCAUCACUCCCGACUACGCGCCUCACUGGGUACCUGUACCGCACGCUGCGAGGCACUCCCCGCCGCCCGCGCACUUGUAGCAUAGCGACGCAGCACCGCGAAUGGCGGUGCUGGACCCCACCGAACCUCCAUCGACAGCUUCAGCGGAGGUCACAGGCGACUAAGCUGCUCCCAUCCUAG